AUGACUGAAGAAUAUGAAGAUGAUGCAGAUGAAGAAGAAGUUACUACAGUUACUACUACUGAAUAUUGUUAUGAGAAAGGAAAUAAAGUUGACUUUGCUACAAGUAUAGGGAAGAUUGAUCUAAUUAAAUUAUUAAUUCAAUCAGGAGAAAAAGGGACAGAAUGUGCAAUUAAUUAUGCUGCUAAAAAUGGAAAUCUCGAAGUACUUAAAUAUUUACAUUCAAUAGGAUAUAAAAAUACAGAAUGGGCAAUUGAUUCAGCAUUUUCAAAAGCUGCUAAAAAUGGACAUCUUGAAAUAUUAAAAUAUUUACAUGAAUUAGGAUAUAAAGGUUCAGAUUAUGAAUUUAAUAUAUCUUUUGAAAAUGCUGCUAAAAAUGGACAUCUUGAAAUAUUAAAAUAUUUACAUGAAUUAGGAUAUAAAGGUUCAGAUUAUGAAUUUAAUAAAGCUUUUGAAAAUGCUGCUAAAAAUGGACAUCUUGAAGUACUUAAAUAUUUACAUGAAUUAGGAUAUAAAUGUACAAAUUAUGAAUUUAAUAUAGCUUUUGAAAAUGCUGCUAAAAAUAGACAUCUUGAAGUACUAAAAUAUUUACAUGAAUUAGGGUAUAAAUGUACAGAUUAUGAAUUUAAUAUAGAUUUUGAAAUAUUAAAAUACUUGCAUGAAUUAGGAUAUAAAUGUACAAAUUAUGAAUUUAAUAUAGCUUUUGAAAAUGCUGCUAAAAAUAGACAUCUUGAAGUACUAAAAUAUUUACAUGAAUUAGGGUAUAAAUGUACAGAUUAUGAAUUUAAUAAAGCUUUUGAAAAUGCUGCUAAAAAUGGACAUCUUGAAGUACUUAAAUAUUUACAUGAAUUAGGAUAUAAAGUUUCAGAAUGGACAUUUUGUUGUGUUGCAAGAAAUGGAGAUUUUGAAAUAUUAAAAUACUUGCAUGAAUUAGGGUAUAAAGGUUCAGAACGGACAUUUAAUUCAGCUGUUGAAAGUGGAAAUCUUGAAAUUAUUAAAUAUUUACAUGAAUUAGGGUAUAAAGGUUCAGAAUGGGCAUUUAAUUCAGCUGUUAAAAAUGGAUAUAUUUAA